GUACAAGUACGCAUAUCGAAAAUGAAGCCAACCAAAAAUUCAACACUGGAAGUCAUCUCGCCCAAGGUGCACGUGGACGAUAAGUUUAUUGAGACGGACUACGAAUACCAAACGUCGCAUGUGAAUCGCACUGCCUCGGGCACACUGCAGGUGCACCCGAAGACAACGGCGAUAAAGAUCCGCACAGCUCGUCAUGUGCCCAAGCUGGGUGUCAUGCUGGUGGGCUGGGGCGGCAACAACGGCUCGACGCUAACGGCCGCCUUGGAGGCGAAUCGCCAGCAGAUGCAAUGGCGCCGCAAGGAGGGCAUGCAGCGCGCCAAUUGGUAUGGUUCCAUCACCCAAGCUUCAACGGUCUACAUUGGCUCGGACGAGACCGGUAAGGAUGUGUUUUUGCCCAUGAAAGAGCUGUUGCCAAUGGUGGAGCCAGCCGAUAUUGUUUUGGAUGGCUGGGACAUCAGUGGCCAUCACUUGGGCGAUGCGAUGCGACGUGCCGAGGUAUUGGAUGUGGCCCUGCAGGAUCAGCUAUAUGACUAUCUUUCGGCAAUGAAGCCGCGACCGUCCAUCUACGAUCCAGAUUUUAUUGCUGCCAAUCAGUUAGAUCGUGCUGAUAAUCUCAUCAAGGGCACCAGGCUGGAGCAGUACGAACAGGUGCGUCGAGAUAUACGGGACUUCAAGAAGCGCAGCGGCGUCGAUACUGUCGUUGUCCUCUGGACAGCAAAUACAGAACGCUUCAGCAUUGUGCAGCCGGGUCUGAAUACCACCAGUCAGGAGCUGCAGGCAUCUCUUAAGGCCAACAAGUCUGAGAUCUCGCCCUCUACCAUCUUUGCCAUGGCCAGCAUAGCCGAAGGCUGCACGUACAUUAACGGCUCGCCGCAGAACACAUUUGUGCCCGGUCUGCUGGAGCUGGCCGAGGAGAAGCAGGUCUUCAUUGCCGGCGAUGAUUUUAAGUCGGGCCAAACAAAGAUUAAAUCCGUUUUGGUUGACUUCUUGGUGGGAGCCGGCAUUAAGCCAGUCUCCAUUGUCAGCUAUAACCAUCUGGGCAACAACGAUGGCAAGAAUCUCUCUGCUCCCAAGCAGUUCCGCUCCAAGGAGAUCUCCAAGAGCAAUGUGGUUGAUGAUAUGGUCGCCUCGAACAGCGUGCUUUAUAAGCCCAACGAACAUCCCGAUCAUGUGGUGGUCAUCAAGUAUGUACCCUAUGUGGGCGACAGCAAGCGGGCCAUGGACGAGUACACUUCCGAGAUCAUGAUGGGCGGCCACAACACUUUGGUUAUACACAAUACUUGCGAAGAUUCCCUUCUGGCCACACCACUUAUACUGGAUUUGGUCAUUCUGGCUGAGCUAAGUGCACGCAUACAAUUACGCAGCGCUGAGAAGGAGAAGGCUCCUUGGGUGCCCUUCAAGCCGGUGCUGUCACUGCUCAGCUAUCUCACCAAGGCGCCUUUGGUGCCCAGCGGAGCACAGGUGGUCAACUCGCUCUUCAGCCAGCGUGCUGCCAUUGAGAACAUCUUGCGCGGUUGCAUUGGGCUGCCGCCCAUAUCGCAUCUGUCUUUGGAGCAACGGUUUGAUUUUGCCACCAUUACAAAUGAGCCACCACUUAAGAAGGCUAAGAUUCUAGGACAUCCCUGCGGUGUGGAGUCCAAUACCAAGCUGCACGCCCAUGGACACAGCAACGGCACCAAGCUGGCCGCCAAUGGAAACGGUUAUGGCGGACUUUAAGCUGCAGGCAUCUGUCUGCCGGAUGCUGCUAAUAUAACACAUAUAUAUCAGCAUAUGAAUGUAUAUAUUAAUAUAUAUACGCGUAAACAUGUGUACUUUCUAAAUUACAAACUAGUUGUAAGCUAUCAGUAUCAAAUAAACUUCAAAACACCUACAACGCAA